AUGCAAGGCUUCUUAGUAGAAUGUAAGGAAAUUAGUAGAGAUUAUUCUUAUGACUGGGUAUAAGGUAAUGCAGAAUUAGUAGCAAUCGAAAAAGGAAUUUCAAUUUUACACUUCAGUUAAGAAUUAUAAAAAAGAGAUUUAGAGAUGGAAUUCAGAGUAUUGUUUAGUUUCUAUAAAGUUAUUACGUAGAUUAACAGAAACUUAAUAUCAUAAUGAAAAUUUAUUUGACUUUCAUCCUGAUAUACAGAAACUAAAUCGAUAUAAUAACAUUAUACCAUGUAUAUAAAUUAAUGAUAAAUUAGUCAAGCAUUCAAUAGUAAAAUUAAGGAGUGAAGGAGAUGAAGAAGAAAAUUUAAAGGAAUGCUAUAUUAAUGCUAAUUUUAUAAAUGUAAUUGAUAGGUUUGUUUAAAUUAGUUAAUAAAUGGAAAAGAGAGAAUGAUUGUAGCUACAUAGGGUCCUUUAAUUUAAACAUUUGGUCACUUUUGGAAGAUGAUUGUUUAGGAAAAUAUGAGUAUGAUAGUCAUGUUGUGCAAUUUGAGAGAGAACCAAAGAGUUAGUAAAUUUAUAUUAUUUAGGCAUAAUGCGAAUAAUAUUGGCCUAGAAAUGUUGGUGAAACAAUGAUAUGUGGAAAUAUUUAAAUAUAUCUAUAAAGUUAAGAAGAUCUUGGAAAUAAUAUUACUAAAAGAGUUUUGAAAGUUACAUAAGAAGGAGAAGAAAGGAAUGUUAUUUAAAUUUAAUGGAGUGGAUGGCCAGAUUAAGGAGUUCCUUCUCCAAGUGAUUUUGAUGUGAUCAAAGAAUUAUUAAAUAUGAUAAUUGAAAAGUUGUUAGUAGAUUAAAAAGUAGUUUUUCAUUGCAGGUAUUAAAGAUUUAAUUAUUAAUUUAGUGCUGGAGUUGGAAGAACUGGAACUUUGAUAGCAUUAUCAAAUUUAAUGAUAUUACUUAAAGCAUAUAAAUAAUAUAUUGGUGAUGAUUAUUAAAGUAAUUAUUCAUCAUUUAUUUUAAGAAUUGGAAGAAAAUCCAGAACUUUAUAGACUUUCUAUAUUUGGAAUUGUGCGUAGAUUGAGAGAACAAAGAUGGGGCAUGGUUCAUACUUCAGAAUAAUAUUCCUAUAUAUAUAAAUUUAUUGAUGAAGCUAUAAGAUAUUUGUUUAACAAUUGA